UAUCAAAUGCGUUGGGACAUUGUCACAUUUUCAUUAGGGUUCAAUAUAGAGCCAAGUAGUAUUGAUUCAGAUAUACGACAUUUCCAAAAUAUCGCCUUUCCGAAUUGCGAAGAAAUACUUGUAGUAAAUGAUGCAUCAGAAGAUAUAGGAUCUUGUGGAAGUGCAUUGAAUGCAUUAAUAAGAACUGCUGAAAGGCUAUGCUACAGGAAUAAUUUGACAGUACUCACAGAAUCCGUCUUGCAAGACGUGAACGUGUUAAUUGUUUUGGUGAGCGAUCCCCGAACACUUCAAAACGCAAAAGACAAUUCAACAAUAAAGGGUGGUAAUGGAUAUGUAUUUGACACUUAUUUGUCAAAUUCUGUCAAAAACUGUUCAAAAAUUGCUGCAAAUUCAACGCAUACAGGGGUAUGGAUUGUUGGUAGCGAUGCGUCAUGGAAGCUCGAAAAGGAAUUGAACAUGUUUGAUCUUCCGCAAGAUUCUAUAACUGGGUUUACAUUUCUGGAGAAGAAGAAUCAGCUUGAUCAUCAUGGAUGGUAUAUUGUUGAUAAAGAUAACAAAUUGUCUGGAAUGGAAUUUGAUGGAGAAUACGCUGGGAAACAUUUUGAAGAAUCCAGUCAUGUAAUUCUCGGCUUCAUAUAUCUUCCAUUGAAUGCUGCUACAUUAUUCUUGUCACUUUAUUCGGAAUUUCCAGUAGCAGCAACCACUUAUCUUGGAGUAGAUUCGAACGUUACACCAUUGAAAUUAUCACUUUUCUUUGAUUUUUUUCUAGCAACGUGUACUAGUGAAGAAGAAUUUAUCAAAAAUAAGUUGGGAAUUCAUGAAAAAGUAUCUGAGAAUGUGCAAGAUCGGACAAAUGCAAGAAAACAAAUUUUCAAGAAAUUUCAAGAUUUUAAAGGAAGAGUCGAGGUUCUGGAUAUAAUCGAGUAUCAAUAUAAGAAGUUUCCCGAACAUUCAAGAAACUAUAGACAACUCUUGGAUAUCUUUUCUGGUGAACUUAAUUCCAAUGAAGAUUCAGAGAGAGUUAUAAGAAGCAUGCUCAGCAUCUGCAAUUUGAUAGAUAUGGACUCAAAAACUGCAAUUUCAAAUAUUUUAAAACUACUUCGAGAUCAAAUUCUGAAAACGAGCACUCCAGAAUUGCAUCUUCAAAUUAUUUUCAUUGCUUCUCUGGCACUAUCAAUUGCUUCCGAUGGUAAAGGUGGAUUGAGAAAUGGCCCGGCCAAAAAUCCAUUAUUCGAAAAAUUGAUGAAUGGAUCGAAUAGGCAAAAAGAUUUUUUGAAUGUUUUUGAUGAAAUUCUGAAAAACUGGGUGAGCGAACCUGGUCAUAUGAUACGAGCCGCGAGGCAUCUAGAAACUUCAGCUCAGAAGUGUAUUCGCGAAAUGACUGAUGAAUUGUGCCUCUCUAGAUCGUUGAAAAUUGGCCGACAACCACACGCAAGUCCUUCGACUGUCAUAGUAACUGCUCCAGUUAGAAUUGAUUUUUUCGGUGGUUGGCUUGACACUCCACCAAUAUUCUUUUCAAUGGAUAAUGCAGCAGUUGUAAAUAUGGCAAUUAAACUAGAUGGAAAGAAUCCUAUCAGAUGUUUUAUUGAGAAGAUUGAUAAACCAUUCAUCGAAAUAGUACAAGACGGAUUAUUUGUGCAUAUAAAAUCUGACAAUGAUUUGAUCUAUCGUCAUGAUAAACCAUCUGAAGCUGGUUCUCUUGUCUGUGCAUGUAUUGUUUCGUUAGGUUUUACAAAUAUUUUGGACAUUUUUGAAAAAUUACAAUGCUGUGGUUUACGAAUUAAUACAUCUUCUGAUCUACCACACGGCUCGGGCUUAGGAACUUCUUCAAUCAUGGCCUGUACCAUUUUGAGAGCAAUCUGUGCAAUGGGAAGUGUAGCUGAUAAUACUUACAGCCUCCCUCAUCAAAUUGUUCAUACAGUGCUCCGCGUCGAGCAAAUAAUGACAACGGGAGGAGGCUGGCAAGAUCAAUGUGGAGCAAUAUAUGAAGGCAUCAAGAAGUGUUACUAUGAAAGAAAUCACGGAAUCGUUCAUUCUCCGAUCACUAUUUCGUCUGAAGUUCGUGAACUUUUGGAGCGACGACUAUUACUCGUUUAUACUGGAAAAACCCGACUUGCCAAGAACUUGCUACAAGAAGUCAUUCGAAACUUUUUCACAUGCAAAGAAACAAAACAGAAACUGAAAAAGAUGGCAGAAGCAGUCGAUAAAUUUGCGAAACAAAUUGAAAAAGGAGAACUAUCAGUAGAACUGCUGGAACAUUAUUAUACGACAAAGAACUUCAUGACUAGAUGUGAGCCUCCGAAUGUCACCGAGUUACUGGAAAUGUUGAAAAGGAAAAAAUUGAUCGAAGUAGGAUGGGCUGCGGGUGCUGGUGGAGGCGGAUUUAUAUAUCUCUGGAUUUCCGAAACUACUUCACCAUCUGAUAUUGAAAACUUUUUGCCCUCUAAUCCUCAAUUUUCAAACAUGACAUGCCACCGAAUAACCAUUCCUCUUGAAACUCCGUUCAUUUUAGAAUUGACUAUGUAAUAAAUAUUGGUAUAU